GGUGCAGGUGGAGCCAUAGGACUUUCUAUUUUCUGUGAUGUUCGUUCAAAAAGUGGCACUUCAAUAGUCACCAUUGCUCCUUGGAUUUCGGGUCAAGUUUACGGUGGGGUGUCAAUUGAACUUCUCAUUGCAAGCGGAGGAAUAAAAUUAAUUGGAUAUAUCAUGAAAACAAAAUUUCCUUUUACAACCGAAACUAAACAGUCCAAGUCCCCAAUUGAAAUUGUCCAAAAACUGGAUGUUGAAUUAAUUCCCUUAGAGUUAAAACUCUGCGCCUGGGCAAAAGUAUUUGGAGGAAUCAUCUUUGAGAAGUGUUUUUGGAGUUGGAGUUGCUCUCCUAUCAAGUGGAAUAUUUUCACAAAAAGAAAGUUUGGUAAGACAGGUACACCACCAAAAUUUGACAGAGAAUGUCAAGUUAAACAACUUUCCGGUCGACAUGUCACAGAUACAGCUUUCCACCUGGAGGCAUACGCACAAGAUGAUGGAAGCGAUCUAAAAUUAUCUUAUGCCAUUGGAACAUAUAUAGGAGGAACUGAUGUGUUGAAUUGGCAAAGUUUUCAGGGCACAAGUCUGGUGUCACCUGCAAGACUUAUAAAUGGAGUCCCUCUUUACUGGACGGUCAAAGCCAAAAACACUGAAGGAUUAGAAACCGUUGCGAAAUGCAGUUUGCAAACAUACGAUAAUACAAAUCCUGAUGGUCGCAUAGAGGCAGCAUAUCCCUUUACAUCUCAUCCCAGUUCUCUCCAGGCCGAUGUUAUAAUUCUAGAUGAUUCACCACUUAUAGAUUAUAAUGUGAAAGCAUUGGGGUAUAGUCCUGGUCCGUAUGGCAGCGAGGUGAUUCCUUGGGAUAAGUUAGAUUUAAGCUCUUCUGGUUCAAAUACGAAUAUUUUAUCAGAUCUAAAAAUUUCUCAAAAGGAAGAGAGGGUAAGUUAUCAGCAAAAGCUCUGAAGAAAACUGUCGAAAACAAUGAAAUCUCGUGUGCAACAACUUGUUUGAAAUAUGGUGAGAAGUGCGUUUCAAUCGACUUUGACGCUUACACCCAAACAUGUAACCUGCAUUCAGUAAUCGAAGGACCCUUUGCCUCUCUGCACAAAAUGGGAGCAUAUAGAAAUUAUGAGCGCAUAGACGUUGGGUUUAAUGGCCACGUGGCAUACAAAAACAUCUCUCUUGUACAUGGAACUGUUUAUUACAUUAAUAUACUCGUAACAAACACUCUUGGAUAUAAAUCCAUUCUUUCCACCAAAGGCACCAUUAUAGAUUUCACGCCUCCUGAACCAGGAAAUCUUGGAUUAAAAAUUCUAGAUACUAUAAAGCCCGAUGGUUGUAAUGCUGCUAUUACGCAACGAUGUAAAGAUGUUACCUGG